AUGCCAUCAACAUCACGCAGUUGGGCAUAUGGUGUAGACAACUUAUUAUGGGAGCUUUGGGGCUCGCCUGAAACCUGCACCGUAUCAGGUGGUCAGGUGGAUAAUGGCAAAAGGUUGAAGCAGGCUAAGGUUAUUCUACAGGCAGCUACUCUACAGCACUUCGCUGUAUUUGGUGAAACACCGUUAUCCUCUACCCAGUGUAUAUUAGGUGACGGCUCUGAGAUUACAUCUGACAAUCGACCUAAACAUACCAUCUUUGAUUGGUUCUUUGACCCGCUUAUGGUUAUAAAGGAACAAAUCAAAGCUGAGAACUUCACUGAAGAAGAGGAAGAAUAUCUGAAAAUGCGAGUGCUGUUGGCUGGUGAUCCCAGUCGCCUGAAAGGUUCUCUGCCUCAUGUUCCAUCCUUGACUGAGCGUAAAAAGGCAGAUAUAGACGCAUUUGCUCGCAGAUUGCAAGGAAUCACAAAGUCGAUAUCUAGAUAUCCUACAGCAAAGCGCCGCUUUGACGACCUUGUGAAGGCGCUCUUGUCAGAGCUCGAGAGGACGAUGGGUGGCAGCCAGUCUGCCAAUGGAUCCCAGUCCCAGGCGCAGAGGCUGCGAAACUCGGUAGCCCGGAUGCUCAGCCAGAAAUCCAUGGGCAAGACGGACAACAUCAGGGAUGAAGACCCAGAAGCGCAGAUGACAAGAUUGUCUCGCACCCCGUGA